GAUGAUGUAGCUUGACUCGUCUCCAUGACGAUCCGAGGCAAAAGGUUCCCAUGGGAGUAUAACCUCUUUCUAGUCGCGGCUCAGAGUUUAGGAUAUAGUGAACCGCUUAGAUUUCCACACUGAGAAUACCAACAUACACAGGAAGACCAUCAGCGACCACAAUCAAGCUACCAAUAUGCGCUCUUUCAGAUCAGUACUGGCAGCCUUCGUGCUAGCCUCGUUUCUUAUCGCACAAGUCUUCGCCCAGUCUUCCUCCAACAGCUCGAUGGCACACAGCUCAACAGGCAUGUCGACUGUGACAGUAACUGCAUCCUCGUCGACCACCGCUUCCGGUUCGCCAGCAACAGGCACACAAGGCUAUCCGCCAGGGAACGGUGUAGGCGGGUCAACUGGUUCUGGUGACGCUGGCGGAACCACGGGCGGCGAGACCAAUCAAACCACCAACCAAACCACCAGCCACGCCGGAGCUGGAGCUGAGAACAUUGAUUACUCACUCAUCAGCUCCGCGCUUGUUGGCUCCGCUUUGAUCGGCCUCAGCUUCGUGUUGUAAGCAAUCGAAGCUUCAUCCCAUAACAGGCUCGGCGAGGCCACUGCGG